UUCGUCAUCUUUUGCAUAAAUUAAGUUAAAUUUUCGAUUAGAAAACAAAAGUUCAAACAAAAAGCAAAUCAAAAAUGGCUGCAAAAAUUGAAAUGAGUUUGGACGACAUCAUUAAAACCGAAAAGAUCAUAUUUCGUCGUGUCGGAGCAAAGAAACAAGAAAACGGUGCUGGUGGAUGUCGUCGUAAAAUCGAUAAUAAACCAGAGCAAAAACUCCACGGAACGGCCAAUCGUCAAAUCGGCAAACCAAAAGGACUCUCACCUCGCAACCAAACAACAAACCAUCAAAUUAACAACCUAGUUGGCAAGAAUGGUGUGAACAGCGCAUGGAAACAUGACUUGUUUACCGGCGGCAAACAAACCAUCACACACGCCAGAAGAAAUGGCACCAACAGUGGCCCGGUCAAAUUAUUUUCUGAUGCUAUUCGGGCUUUAAAACGAAGCAAGAGUGUUAUACUUGAUAGCCGACCAAAGCAUAUUCAGCUCACAAUAUCAAAGGAAGCUGUCAUUCGUAAUCAACGACCAACAUUCGUUCCAAACAAAGACAACCAAGGUCAAAAGCAACGCAAACCAGCUCGACAAGGCGUCAAAGUUGGUGGAAAUCGUACGAAAGCAAAAUCAGUAUCCGCCGAAGAACUAGAUGCUGAGCUAGAUGCUUAUCUUAACAACUUAAAUUACUAA